GCCCACAUUAAAAUAUUAUUCCCAAGGCGAGGAACAUUGAAAUCAAUGUUUCUACAAUACAUAUGUCAGGUAUUCAUCUUCAAUCCCAGAAUGACAAGAAUUCGGUAGUCAGCCAAGAGCCAUGUUCAAGCUCUUGGGUGUCAGACCAAAAGUUUCAACCCCCCUAAUAUUUUCAUUAUCAAAAUUUCCAAGUCAGAGCUGGCAAACUAUUCCAAAUCUUGUGCACCGAGAUUGGAGCUCGCCUCGCGGCUUGCGUUUUCACACCAUGUCCGUUAUCGAUGUCGGUCGUCUACAAGACCUGAGACACACCAGGCAUACAAUAACUCUCUCCAAUGGCAAGCGCCUUGUUCUCUUUCGCUUGCCGAGAAUUGAUCGGCCGAGCCAUGUAGCACUACCACCGGCAGAAAGUCCAGAUUCCUGGAACUACUAUGCAAUGGAGGCAGAAUGUCCUCACGCUGGUGGGCCGAUGGCCGAGGCUCACAUAGAUAUCGAAGACUCGUCCUACAUUGCCUCUUGCCCGUGGCAUGCCUAUGACUUUAACGUAGAGACCGGUGAGUCUAGUUACGGUAUCAAAGCCUGCACGUUCCCGGUCACCGUUCAAGGUGAAAGGGUGAGCAUACAGAUUGCCGGAGCUGAGAACUUACAGCUCGACAAGAUCGAGCCCGUCAGCGAGAAGGUGAAAUUUAAACACGGCCCCAGAACUGAUCCCUCAGGUCCUGCUAAAUAUCUUAGCGAGAAUGCGAGCUUGUGCGAUUGGUGCAAUCACAUUCUAAACACCUCUAAUCCCGAGCACAAGAUUGAAUUGACAACGCAUCUCUUCUCGUUGUUUGCAACGCGUGAGCAGUCGUCUUCGCCCAUGGAUAUUGGGGCUGGCACCGUGGUUCCUCCCCAUGAGCCGCCAAGACAAAAUCAGACCCAGCUGAAACCGGGGCAGAUGCCCAGAGCUCGCAAGGGGGGAAACCUUAAAAACAGGAUCAUGAUGCUCCACGCGCUGGCAAACAUCGAGCAGUGGGCCAUCGAUCUAGCUAUCGACAUCAUGGUCCGAUUCGCUUCGUUUCACACGACAGCGCGGGAUGGGAACGACAGCCCACGCCCACUACCGCGCACGUUUUUCUACGACUGGCUGAAAGUCGCCAACGACGAGGCCAAGCAUUUCUCUUUACUACGAGCAAGGUUAGAGGAGCUGGGGAGCCACUUUGGUGCUCUACCGGUCCACCACGGUUUGUGGGAGUCUGCUGUACGAACAUCCCACGACCUGCGCGCAAGGAUAAGCGUUAUUGCCCUCGUCCACGAAGCGCGUGGCCUUGACGUCAAUCCAAGGACUAUCGAAAAGUUCCAAAAUGCGAGAGACGCCGAAAGCGUCGACGCGUUGAACGUGAUACACAACGAUGAGAUUACGCAUGUCACUACGGGACACAGGUGGCUCACCUGGAUCUGCCAGCAAGAAGGCGCAGACCCGGUGCAAGUAUUUCGAAGCAACGUGCAGAAACACUUUAGAGGUGCGGUGAAAGGCCCGUUCAAUGUCGAGGCUCGGCAGCAAGCUGGUAUGGAUCAGAGUUACUACGAAGACCUCCAGGGACUCCCGUGGGAAGGGGACGUCAUCGCUGGUGGCUGAGGUAUUAAUUAAUAUCGUCAUAAUGCAAUAUAGAUGGCUUGAUCAGACGGCUUGAUCUAGACUCUUGUUGGAUAACGCCGCGUAGAAAAACAUUAAGCCAUCGUUAACCUAAUCCCGGCGCUGUUGUGCUGAUGAUUACGGAUAUUCCGGGGCUGAGUAGCUUACUGGUGGCUUUUAAGCGCCUUUCUUGCAAAGCGCCAAGUUGCCACUAGCUGUUAUAUUUACUCUUGCGCUAUAACUAGCCGUUGGUGGCAUGUUCUAUUUAGAGUCUGGCCUCUCCACUUCCCAAGAACAGGUACCUAUAUAUUGAAAUAGGGCCAGCCUAAGUUGACGAACGUUGCAUUAAUAGUCGACUCAGAAAAUACUUGAGCUGGAUUCUUGGGAGCAUUAGUCAAUGUAACUCGUCUGUCAUAGUAAGGACACAGACAGACCUAGGUAUAUGAUUAGGUAGGUUAGGUUAGGUUAGGUACCUAUUUGAUUACUACACGUUGGAAAAUUUCCACAGGUACAAAGAUAGGUACA